CUCAUCUCGGGGGCGUCCUCCAUGGCGGGGGGGCUGCAGCGAGGGGGGAGAGGCUCGGCGGAGACCCGCUCGGCGCGCAAAAUGGCGGCGGAAGAGAGCCGGGCGCCGCCCGCCCCGCCCUUAUAUACCCGCGGCGCCAGCCAAUCAGCGCCGCCCGCCGCCCGCCGCCCAGCAGCGCCCCCCAGCGGCGCCCGCCCGCAUCGCACCCCCCGCGCCCCGCUCCCCGCGCCCCGCUCCCCGCCGCCGCCAUGGGCGUGCUGGCGGUGCCGGCCGGGGUGCGCGCCAUCCUGCUGGACGUGGAGGGCACCACCACCCCCAUCGCCUUCGUCAAGCUUUGUGUCCGCCCGGGCGUAUUUUCGGGCUGAGGGCGCGGUGUGCCGGCAGGAGACCCUGUUCCCCUACGUGAGGGACAACGUGGGGGCCUACCUGCGCGCCCACUGGGAGGAGGAGGAGUGCCAGCGGGACGUGGGGCUGCUGAGGAAGCAGGCCCAGGAGGACGCCGGGCUGGAGGGGGCUGUGCCCAUCCCGGUGGAGAGCGGGAACGGGGACGAGGAGCUGGAGAGGGUGAUCCAGGCUGUGGUGGACAACGUGCUGUGGCAGAUGGCCCUGGACAGGAAGAGCACGGCGCUCAAGCAGCUGCAGGGGCACAUCUGGCGGGCGGCCUACACCACAGGGCAGGUGAAAGGAGAAGUCUUCGAGGACGUGGUGCCAGCCAUCAGGAAGUGGAGGGAAGCUGGCAUGAAGGUCUACAUCUACUCCUCGGGCAGCGUCGAAGCCCAGAAGCUUCUGUUCGGAUACUCUACAGAAGGUGAUAUCCUAGAGCUCUUCGAUGGCCACUUUGAUACCAAAAUAGGCCCCAAGGUAGAAAGCGAGAGCUACCGGAGGAUCGCUGCGAGUAUCGGAUGCGCCACUAACAACAUCCUCUUCCUGACCGAUGUCCCUCGAGAAGCGAACGCAGCCGAGGAAGCGGACACGCACGUGGCUGUGGUGAUCAGGCCUGGCAACGCAGGACUGACGGACGAUGAGAAAUCCUAUUACAGCCUCAUCUCGUCCUUCACUGAACUUUUCCUGCCUUCCUCCACUUAGGGAGAGCAGCGCGCGCAGAAAAGAAAAGGCUGUGCUCCAGCUGAAUUGUCCUCGUGUAACUUUAGGUGAUAACUGUCCUUAAUCAGAAUUUACUAUCAAACCCACGUCAUGUAUCGGACCCACGGCUAGUGCAGGUAUGGAUGGGAAGUACGGUGUGGGGUUCCUUGUGCAGGACGUUUUGGCUGCCACGGAGGAAGCCAGCCCUUGGCGCAGGCAAGCUCUUUAGACCAGGAGUGACUUAAAUCUUGGCUGCAGCCACCCACAGCAGGUCCUAGGUACAGAACAGCAUGCCUUGCGUCGGGGUGCUGCUCAAACAGCCAGCCCGGGGACCAAAGCAGAGCAAACAGUAAAAAUUACAUUCCUUAAAAACUAAAUCCUGGAGCCACCCCACGCUGCUGCUGGGCGGUGCUGGGCUGCAGGAUCCCACCAGCUGAGCCCAGACACCCGCUUGGCUGUGGUUCUGAAGCCUCUCCCUUGGUGCUAAGUGGUGGGCUCCUCCUCAGAGGUGGCACCACGCAGCAUAGCAUGGCUCAGCUGUGAGCAGCCCUUGGCAAACAGCUGCUGUCGAGGGCCAUAUCCUGCUGUAUUUAAGGAGAAUCAACCCCCAGAUCUUUUCACCCACCCUACCUAAAUCGUGCCAAUUUAUAGCAGUGGUCAUGGAGCUUUUCCUCACGUAGCCAAUAAAAACACAUCUUUGCUUUCA